AUGGGUAUCACAGCACCCAUGUUAGUUACGAGCUGUGCGGAUGUUCUCCCACAGGGAACAUGUGCAUCUAGUCACACGAGCACGCCCCUCCAAUUUUCUCUGGGACAUGACACAGUAUUCAAUCCUUCCAGCCCUAUAAGACCAGUCGCAGGGAUCGCUCAGAUCAACCGUCUCCCGCCAGAGCUCCUCGGAGAGAUUUUUACAUGUCUACUUUCCUUCUUUUGUUCUUCUGCGUACGAAACGAAAGAACACACAUGGCUAUGCUUCUCGCAAUCCAUCCAAGUCUCAUUAGCAUUAUCGCAUGUCUGCCGCCAUUGGCGAGCGGUGGCAUUGACAUUGCCGCAGCUCUGGUCCUCCAUCUCAGCUGCCUCCCAUCCGCUGGCAAUUUUCAUGCGCCUAGGACGCUCUCGGGAUAUCCCACUCGAUCUUUGUACCCAGCUUCCGCCCGAUCAGGCGAUCUGGCAUGCUCUGCAUACCGAUGGGUACCGCAUCCGGUCCUUGUACGGCCACACGACGCGCAUUGAAGACGACAACAGCGUCUUGAGCUGUUUGCAGUUCCCCGCGGAGCGGCUGGAAGUGCUCGUGCUCAAACUCUCCCAUAUAAACCCGUCCGUCCCGACCAAGGUCACACAGCCUGUGCUCUUCCAGGACCACGCGCCGCUCCUCAGGACAUUGAUUCUUCAGUCCGUGCCAUGGCUUCCCGCAAAUCGCUUCUCAACACUCACGUGCCUAUCCAUCACCCACCAAUUCGUUGGGACCCUAGGAAGCCUCUUUGAGUUCCUCUCGGGCACUCCCAACCUGGAAGAUCUUACCCUCGUUUACCUUCUCAGGCGCAGGGGCGCAGAUGCCGACCUCCCAGUCGUGAACUUCCCGCGCCUUCGCCGUCUCACCAUCGGUGACGUUCCCGCCGCAUUCGCGUCGAACUUUCUCUCCUCGGCGCGCCUCCCCACAUCCAUGGCGCUGUACCUUUUCGACAUCGAGCGCAGGCCCAUCUCCGACCUCGCUUUCUUACGCUCCGAGUGGAUGAGCGCUCUUCCUCUGCUCGCAGGGCUCACACGGCUGUCGCUCGCCAUCACCGAUGCGGAUGGUAUCAUCGCAUUCUCCGUCACUGCGGCAAGCUCUUCGUCUGCGUUCCGCGUCGAUUGGCAGGUGGAGCCGUCGUUGGCCGUCGCUCAGCGGCGCAAUGGAUGGGUAGAGUCCCUCCUAAGCCUGCUUCCUGCGGCUUGUAUUACGGAGCUCUGGAUGGACCGCUGGCAGUUUCGCGACAACGAUCUCGAACCACUGUUUCGUGGGCUUCCUUCGCUGAACAGCGUGGUCAUAAAUGACGCCUGUAACAACGUGGAGCCAUGCGUCUUUCAAUUGUUAGCGGCGCCUGUGGACGUAUCACUUUCGCCACUAUGUCCUCAUCUUAGCACGAUCCGGCUCAUCGAUCGGCCAUCACAUCCAGACGCCCUCGUAUAUACUUUAGAGUCUCGCAGGUUGCACGGCUACCCGGUCCAGCAGCUCCUGAUUGGCACGCCUCUGAAUACAAGCCAGCGAGCACUGUUGGAAAUCCGGUCUCCACCCUCAAUUAAGAUAUCGCGCGCAGGCGCUUCUCCCUCGAUGACGCUUCCGGACAUAUGCUUCGCUGACAAGGGACACGUAUACUGGCCCUGGUCAAUCAGAUGAGACGAAAACGCGCGAACGAAACCAAGCGCUAAUCUUGCGCGGAUACCGAGACACUAGCCAAAGGAAACUCUCGCAAUGCCGAUUUUUGAUGCGAUUUAACACUGAGAAACAUUGAGGAGAACACCCUCCCCCAGGAAUAUGAUCCUGGCACCGUAUGCGUCCAGACUGUUGCGCGGAUGCUCAUACUGUGGCUCCGCCACCCUCUGCAGCAGAUGAAUUUGAUGAAGAAGCGUAGCUAAGCAUGGGUGACGGCAAAGUGCCUGUUCUAGACUGGAGGUGAAAUUGCGCUGCAAGGACAGGCCGCCUACGAUAUCAUGAGUCGUCGUGAGCCGUUGUCACAUUGCUAGUUGUAAUUGGAAGUUUCUCACUCAUCAGCACAACUUGUAUGAUGUGGUUUCUUACGAGUAGAAUGUCGUUGGUGAGAGCUUCCUGCACUGUGG